GAGUUCAGCCAUCUUGGAUAUCAGAAGUGGUUCAAUUUUUGCCGAUUUGGUACGUUUUGAUGGUUUUCACCCCCAAAAUGGCAGAGCCGAGCAUCGAUCUCGAGCGAGAAAAGAUAGAGAGGGAGACUGAGCAGAUUAAGCAGGUUCUGAGCGGGAGACUGGUGAUUGACAGCUCGGAGGGGGAGUACAGUUCGGAGGAAGAGUCGGACCACGAGGAAAAGCUGACUAUAGCAUCUCCAGUAGAGCCCUUCAGGUCAGUGUCUCCCAGGAUCAGCAAUGCAGGGUCAAGAGCAUCCUCUCAGGUGUCCAGAGACACUGUCAUCCUCACGCCACACACCAUCGAGGGUAUGCGGAGCAGACCGUCGUCUGGCCUGGUCGUGGCAGGACCGUCCUCUGCCCCAGAUGUUGGGUAUCAGGAGGAGGAGGAAGAUGAUCAAACAGAGGCUGAAGUACAAGGGCUGAUCCAGGAUUUGGAGCCAGAGGAGGUCCUGGAACUAAACCAGAACUACCAGGAGUACAUCCAUGACAUGCUGAACAGGGUACAGCUCAUGUUGGCUCAGAACAGGGAGAGACAGACUGUGCUGAAGUCAGAGCUGACAGUGAGUGACCCGGGGUCAGAGAGCAGGGGUCGAUCGACCCACAAACUCUCCCACUUCUUCAAACCUUACUUCAGGGACAGCUAUGGGAACGGCCCCCCUCCCAAUGACGAAUCAUUCCACAAGCGAGAGGAAAAAAGCAUCAAUCCUUUUGUGAUACCGUCCCAAAAAUGGUCAGCACAAAACAACAAGACCCUGUAUGCAGCAGUCAGAAGUGAUGGAAUGCAGAAAAAAACACGGCCGCUGAUGAACAAGUAA